GGUGGCUUGGCCAUUCAAUUCGGGUGUGUGUGUCUCCUUCUGGGAGUACGCGCCUUCCCGGCUGAAAGAGCCAACAUAUAAAUGAACGGGCAGACGGUAGCAGAAUGUCCAAACACACCCAGAAUAUCUCAUUUCAUAAAAGAGUGAUACUAUCUGUUUGUCGUUGCAUCUCAAGCUCCCAAAGCGGAUAUAUUUAGCAAAAUGGCAUUCAAUAUCCUUCGCCGGGAUAAUAUCCCUGAUACCCGCACCUCCCAAGCUGCCGCACAGCAAAGUGGACAGUCUUUGGAUCCCAACAUCCUUGCACUCGCCUUUGGAAUUCUUGGGAUCCUGCUCGCCAUUACCAGCAUCGUUGUCGCAUAUAAGCAGCUCCGGCUUUCGCGACAUCAGAGGGUGGCAGCUCAGCCGAAUCGUUCCUCGGUAACUCUCGCAGAAGUCCCCAGCACAUCGCUCCCAUACCCGCAACCACCACCAACUGUUAUUAUCUCGCCAGCUGAGGACCAUCUCCCUCAUGGUUCUACAUCGCAACUGCUUCCUCCCACUCCUAUUCUACGAAGUCACCAGGAACUUUCCACAACGCGAGUAGGCAUGCAUAGUCAAUUCUCGGUUUCGGUACAGCCUCGGGUUGGGGUGCCAUACCGACCAGCUCCACCUUUACUCGCCAACCGUGCGACCCCCAGCGCCAUUGGACAAACCCAUUCCCCCAGAAGAGCUCCAGCAACGUAGGUCUCCACUACUACUGAUAGUCUCAAAGCACCAAUGGC